GCGCCGGCGGCGUGUAAACAAGGGAUAUGCGACGCGUCAACAUGUGGACCACGAUGCUCGUGUGCACGGUCACCGUCGUUCUCCUGCACCAAGCAGUGAACGCCUCGGGGGUGUUCGAGCUGAGGCUAAAGUCCUUCAUCAACGAGUACGGCAAGGACAGCCUGGGCAAAUGCUGUUCCGGCAGCGCGUCCAGGACGGGCGAGUGCUCGGGUGUCUGCAAAACGAGGUUUCGGGUUUGCCUGAAGCAGUACCAGGUGAAGAUCGACACGACGUCGCCGUGCACGUACGGCGACGUGGUGACGCCCGUUCUCGGCGAGAACGUCGUGAAUCUGAGCGCGAACGUCGCGUUGCCGAGCUUCACCAACCCUAUUAGAUUCCCGUUCGACUUCACGUGGCCGGGUACUUUCUCGCUAAUAGUGGAAGCUUAUCACGACGCCGACAACAGCACCCACCAGUCAGCCGAAAAAGUUCUCAUCACCCGACUGACCACUCAGAAGUGGCUGGACGUCGGGCCGGAGUGGACCGUGGACGAGCACAGAAGCGCACACUCGCAGAUGGAGUACGAGUACAGGGUGACGUGCGUGGCGCAUUAUUACGGCAAGGGUUGCGAGGACCUGUGCCGGCCGAGGGACGACAAUUUCGGUCACUACAGCUGCAGCCCCGCGGGCGAGCGAGUCUGUCUCUCCGGCUGGAAGGGCGACUACUGCAACACCCCCCGCUGCCUGCCCGGAUGCGACGAACAGCACGGACACUGCAAUCGACCCAACGAAUGCAUAUGUCACCACGGCUGGAAGGGUACGCACUGCAACGAGUGUCUUCGGUAUCCGGGCUGCCUCCACGGAACCUGCCAAAAGCCCUGGGAGUGCGCGUGUAACGAGGGUUGGGGCGGCCUGUUCUGCAACCAGGACCUCAACUACUGCACGAAUCACAAGCCGUGCUUGAACGGCGGCACCUGCUUCAACACCGGCCAGGGCUCGUACACCUGCGCGUGCCCGCCAGGUUUUGCCGGCGAGAGAUGCGAGACGCUGCUCGUCGACUGUCACUCCAAGCCUUGUCAGAACGGCGGUACCUGUACGAACGUGUCCACGAGCUAUGUCAACAACACCGAGUCAUCGUCCCACAGACAGCAGCAACAUCAUCGCGUCACGAGCUAUCGUUGCACUUGUCCGCCCGGUUGGCGCGGUCGGCAUUGCGAGAUCACGACGAAAUCCUGCCGGGAUUCGCCGUGCAAGCACGGCGCUACCUGCGAGGACGAUUCCGGACAGGGAUACAUAUGUCGUUGCCCGGCCGGCUACACCGGCACUGACUGCGACACGCAAGUCGACGAUUGCGCGCCGAAUCCUUGCAUGAACAACGGCACCUGCACAGACAUUAUCAAUGGUUACCGGUGUACCUGUCCAGUCGGCUUCACCGGCGAGCGGUGCGAGAUCAACGUGGACGACUGUGAGGGCGAUCCUUGCCUGAACGGCGGCACCUGUCUGGACCAGGUGAACAGCUUUCGUUGCCAAUGCGUUCCGGGUUACGUAGGCAGACUUUGCCAGGACAAAGUGAACUAUUGCAUGACAAAACCUUGCGCAAACGGGGGUAGAUGUAUCACCAUGACCAACGAUUAUUAUUGCGUGUGCAAGCCCGGCUUUACCGGAAAGGAUUGCAGUGUGGACGUAGACGAAUGUCGGAGCGCACCGUGUUCCAACGGCGGCACGUGUAAAAAUCGCGUUGACGGUUUUCAGUGCGAUUGUCCGAAAGGUUGGCACGGUCCUACAUGUAGCGAAGAACCCGAGGCGAUGCCGACACCGCUACCGUCCGCACCUACAACAUCAACGAACACCGGAGCGGUACCGCCCUCGGGCACUGGUUACUGGACUGGUAAUCUGUCCAAGCACGUCGCUUCCAGAGAUGCCGGUUUGACUCCGGAACACUUGGUGAUGAUCGCGACUCUAUCUACCGCGGUACCAGCCUUCGUGCUAUUCGCCGUGGUCGCCGUGAUGUGCAUGAAGAGGCGACAGAAGCGGGAACAAGCGAGAGCCGACGAAGAGGCGAGGUUGCAAAACGAGAGAAACGCGGUACACAGCAGUAUGAGUAAACGCAGUGCCAGCACUAUUGGUGUCGGCACUGCCGGGGGUGGACUUGGCAUGAGCGGCGGUGGUGGCAGCGGCAGCAUCGGCGGCCUCUUGAGUAGCAGCGGCAGCGGUUUAAUCGGUGCCGGAGGCGGUAGCGUUUGUGCUUUGGGUGCCGGUGACGCGCAUAUGAUCAAGAACACCUGGACAGCGAGCAAAAGCGUCAAUAAUGUGGCGUCGGUGGUACGGCAGGACGACCUGGACACGUCCUUUCAGACGGAUGUAACGUUGGACAGUUCGUGCUCGGGCUACAAACCGGAGCCGGUGUUGCAGGACGGUCGGACAACGAGGACAACGAAGCAGCUCAACACAGAGGCCGCUGCACAUCGUGCGUCCGCGCAUCUGUACCAAAAGGAGAAGGACUGUCUGGGCCUGGGCCUCGGUAUUGGGGUCCUGGAGAGUGCCAAGAGGUCGUCCGUGUUUGUCAGUAACGCGGACAGUUGUUGCGCCACAGAGGCCGCGUUAAUAAAGAGGCCGACGACUAUAUCGGAGGCCAACGGCGCCGGUAGCGGCGGCAUCAUCAGUAGUAGUGUUAGUAGUGGUCCACCGGGAAGCGGUGGUGGUGGUGCCACGGACAACAGCAGUUGCGGUGUGUAUGUGAUAGACGAUCAUUACAGGCACGACACCGCCACGCUGGCGGAAACGCUCGCGACAGAAGUGUAGUUUAGACUUAUCGGGACGUCAUUUAGACGUUAGUAUAGACUCCGUUCUAAGAGAGUAAAAGAAAGAGAGAGAAAAAGAAAGAAGAAUGCGUGAGAGAGAUUCAGAAGCAGUGCGUGGGUGCGUGCUCGUGAAUAUUCAACAGAUCAACCCCGUUCGAUUUUCUUCGCGUUUCUCGGACGGCGCCGCUGCGACGCUCUCGAAAUGGCGGCGCCUUCGUCUCGAAUGUCCGCCAGCGAAACAUUCAGUUUCUUUUUCCAUUCUGUCUGUGGCUUAUAUUCUUUUUUUUUUUUCUUUUUUUUUUUUAUACAUAUAUUUUUUUUUAUUUUUAAUUUUUACCACAACUCUUCUGCAAGCGCCUUGUACUUGUGCAUUCGUGACUCGGCGUCGCCGAUGGGGACACCAAUGUGGAGAAGAAGACGCGCGUUCCACAAAGUGUGCGCCGCGUCCCGGUUGUGCCGGUCGAGAACGGACUGAUCCGAAGACUUUCGAUCGGGGAAGGGUGACCGAGAGAAACGAUCAAGACGAGGAGAAGAAUUUAAACGCUGUGGGGGUCGGUCGGCUCCCCUCGACAGCCGCCGACCCGUCAUUAGGGUAUUAAUAUUAUAUAUCGUGCUCGCGACAAAACGAAAACUCUGUACAGAACUAAUUUAUUAUUAUUGUUAUUUACUUAUUGUAUUACCGAUUGCUAUUAUUAUGAUUAAUAUUAUUACACCGUAUUGCGCAUUAUCAUUGUUCCCGGUGUUAGUUUUUUUUUUUUUUUUUUUUUUAAUUUUUUUUUCAAAUUUGCGUGUCCGAGUCUUCGGUUGACGACACAGAGAGAUCUUGCGUGUAUGUGUUUCGUGUGAAAGAGUUUACGUAUGUAUGUGUAGCUGCGUGUUCAACGACGAAAUCGGCACUUUUUUGAGCGACGUCACCUCUUCCUUACACGUUCUAACAAAAUUUCGUACAACGCGUUCUCUAUUAUUUUUAUGAAUGAACUUUUUUUUUCUUGAACCUCUAACGGUGAGUUGUAUUUCUUUUCUCAAAAAACGAAAUAGCAUUGUCUGCGUCCCAGACAUCUUCACGACUGCGACGAUUCAAUUGAGUCGGCAAGAAGCGUGAAAAUCGUUGAAAAGAAAAAAUGCACUUUUCGGAAUUCUCUCCAGUUGGACGACAAUUCCGAUCAAUCACAAACCAUCAAUUCACGUCAUUAUUCGCGUUAAAAAAAUAAAAAAAAUAAAAAAAAAAAAAGAUGAAAAGCUG